UAGGCUGAGGGGGAGGCGCCGCUCCAUCCUUCCCUUACCUGGGGCGAGCGCUGAGUCCCCGCAGCUCCGGCCGCCGCCUGGCUGGGCAGCGCCAAUGCCGAGAGGGCCGGCCCGCCCGCCCGCGCUUGCCCCCAACCGGCCCGGCCUCUCGCUCACACCGGUGUGUCUCCGUCAGAAGCCGGGCACGCCAGAUGGAUCCCUAAGAGUUGUCGGUCACCAAUCGAUCGGGGAAGCGGCUUUAAUGAGUUAAGGCCGGAGUUUAUCUUGAACGGAAAACAUGUCAACGUGUGGGAUAGACGACGACAUUCCUCAGGGGGAGAGGAAAACAGUCACGGAUUUCUGUUACCUGCUGGAUAAAUCGAAACAGCUUUUCAAUGGCUUAAGAGAUUUGCCCCAGUAUGGGCAGAAGCAAUGGCAAUCUUACUUCGGCAGAACCUUUGAUGUUUACACCAAACUCUGGAAGUUCCAGCAGCAACAUCGACAAGUUCUGGACAAUCGGUACGGCCUGAAGCGCUGGCAGAUCGGAGAGAUCGCCUCCAAGAUUGGGCAGCUUUAUUACCACUACUACCUUCGCACCUCUGAAACCAGCUAUCUGAAUGAAGCCUUCUCCUUCUAUUCUGCAAUACGCCAGAGAUCUUACUACUCCCAAGUCAACAAGGAAGACAGGCCUGAGCUGGUUGUUAAGAAACUACGUUAUUACGCCCGGUUUAUCGUGGUUUGCCUCUUACUCAACAAAAUGGUUGUGGUCAAGGAUCUUGUCAAGGAACUAUCGGAUGAGAUCGAAGAUUACACCCACCGUUUCAACACCGAAGAUCAAGUCGAGUGGAACCUUGUCCUACAAGAAGUGGCCGCGUUCAUUGAGGCAGACCCAGUCAUGGUCUUGAACGAUGACAACACCCUGGUCAUCCUGUCCAACCGCCUGUCUGAAACUGGAGCCCCCCUGCUGGAACAAGGCAUGAUUGUGGGGCAGUUAAUGCUGGCUGACGCCCUCAUUAUUGGCAAUUGCAACAAUCAGGUGAAGUUUAGUGAACUGACAAUCGACAUGUUCCGGAUGCUGCAGGCGUUGGAGAGGGAGCCCAUGAACCUGGCUACGCAGAUGAACAAGCCGGGGCUGCAGGAGAGCACCGAAAAGCCAGCCAGGAGAGAAAACCCUCACAAAUACCUGUUGUACAAGCCAACUUUCAGCCAGCUGUAUACCUUCCUUGCGGCAUCAUUUAAGGAGCUGCCUGCCAAUAGCGUGCUGUUGAUCUACUUGUCAGCCACCGGGGUCUUCCCUUCAGGUCGUUCGGAUAGUGAAGGUCCCUAUGAUUUCGGGGGUGUCCUGACGAACAGCAACCGGGAUAUCAUCAACGGGGACGGGAUCCACAAACGGAACCAGUUGUAUAAGGAAAUGCACUGCUUGCACCCUGGUGAUCUCUAUCCUUUCACCAGGAAGCCUCUGUUCGUCAUAGUGGAUUCAUCGAACAGCGUCGCCUACAAGAAUUUCACCAACUUGUUCGGGCAGCCGCUGGUCUGCUUGCUUUCUCCAACCACAUAUCCAAAAGCGUUGCAAGAACAAUCACAACGAGGAAGCCUCUUCACUUUCUUUCUGAACAACCCACUCAUGGCAUUCCUGUUCGUCUCUGGACUAUCAAGCAUGCGCAAAGGACUCUGGGACAAAUGUCACGAUUACCUUCGUAAAAUCAACCGGGAUAUUGCACAACUCUUGACUCAUUCCCGCUCCAUAGACCAAGCCUUUCUCCAGUUUUUUGGAGAUGAAUUCCUGCGCUUGCUUCUAACGAGGUUCAUCUUCUGCUCACUCAUGAGAAUGCACAAAAUCUUCAGGCAAGAAACGAGGAAUUAUCCCGAAUCGUAUCCCCAACUGCCCAGGGACGAAACGGUGGAAAACCCACACCUCCAAAAGCACAUCUUGGAAUUGGCUUCGAUAUUGGAUGUCCGAAACGUAUUUUUGGAAACCACCCUGGACGAUUAUUAAGCGCGGAGAAAGGCAGCAGUUUCUCGGAGAUCUUUCAACUGCGGGGAUUUUUUUUUUAAAACCCUCGCUGCAAAAUUAUUGUUUUUUUUUUUCUUUUUGGAAAUGGUGCAGUUUUCUAAACACGAACAUCCACUCGCACACAGACACACGCAGGAAUUUACUUGAGUUUUAUUUUUGAACUUGACAGGUGUUAUUGUUUUUUUUUUAAAAAAAAAGCAAAGUGGAAAGAAAGGGGGAAGAGGCGCGCGCAGCUGUUCCAUUCUGCGUGGGCUCAGUUUUGAUAAAAAAAAUAAAAACAACCCCCUCCUACGAAAGUUUUACAAUUUUAGACUGAAGCAGUCUGGUGGGGUUUUAAAGCCUUUUUUUUUUUUUUUGGAUUUGGAAGACAUCGCUGGCUACGCAACAACAAUAACACACACACGCACAUGUGAGAGCGCGCACAUUCACUCUCCCUCGAGAUUGAAAAUGCAGCCAGUCACUUUUAAGCCCUCGUGUGCAAAUUCUUUAUUUUUGUACUGUUUUUAAAAAUCUGAAAGCAAAAAAAAAAAAAAAGAGAGAGAGGGAAAAAAAGAAGAAGAGAGGAGAGGGGAAAAAAAAAACAAUCAGAAUAAUAAUAAUCACCAUCUUCUAUUUCCCCCAAAGAAUUUAAAACCUGAACGGCGGGACUUCAGAUGCUCCAAAGUAGACAGCAAUAAGUCAAUCGGCUUUAUCAAUCCCCGCUCUACACCCAAAAAAGAAUCGAGCUCCGUGCAAAGGAUGGUUGUGUAAACUUCAGAAAAUGUAGCAUUGUCCCAUAAGUUUCUUUUCUUUCUUUUGAGAAAUCAGCCUAUCUUGCACGUUGACUAAGGAUGCUGGGUUUUAUCCCUCAAAACCUAGAUUUUUGGCUGGAGGACCCAUUAUCACCUCAAAAAAUUGACCCUUUCUUAGCAUGGACCACCCUCUGUGCAUUUCCUUCCGUUUGGGCUUCAACCUGUGAGCAUAAAAUAAAAUAAAUGCCACCCCUUUCUCUUCACGCAACCAUCGUCGAUUCUCGCUGCAAUAUGGAAGAUUCUGAGAUGGCCCUUUGUCUCCAAUCCUUCCACCUCAACUUCUGAAAGAGCUGCUUUCAUCCCAUACCUUACUUCAAAGUUCGCCUGGUGAAGAAAAACGGAAGAACAAUCAUUGCCUGUGCUCAAAAGAGACAACCCAAUGAUGGGAAGGUCCCUCAUCUCUUCUUCUUAACUGCCAGGGAGAAAUGUCUACCUUCCAGAGCUGGUAGACAAGAAGGAAGACGAAUAGGACUCGUGGGAAGACCG